GCUUGUCCGAAAUGUUUGGAGAAGUGCAAAGCACAAACUGGUGCGAAGGCUAGCGUUCCGAGAUGCUCUUGCAGCAAUCCUCCUAACAUGCGAGCUUCGUGUGGGGCGAUAUUUUCACAAGUGGAGUGCUGCGGCUCCACAACAGCAGUCAAGGCGACGCCGGGAUUUGCUACCUUUGCCCAGGCUUGCAGGCUGGCCAGCUCAAGUCGACACGCAGCAGCUGUCCCAGACGGUUUGUUUGGAAAUCAGCAACAUCUGCAUUUCGGGACUGAACUGCUUGCACGGUGGUUUGAAAGAGCCUGACGUGUCUGCUCUUGGCACCUGGACCCCUACUAAAGCACAGGCUUCUGCACAUCGCCAUGUUUGCUCCCGGGUUGUGAGUUUCUUGAGUGAUUUGGACAGUCACUUCGGAAACAGCCUGCCGUGGCGCAACGCUUUUCAGUGCAAUGAGGGCGCUACUGCGGCUUUCGAGGAGUUGCGCAGCGAAGCGGUGGAUCUGCCAGGUGUGGCGGGAACGUGCAAUACUUCUGCCGUUGUGCCGGAGGAGAUGCAGGCCGUCAUCUCUGAUGUCGAGAGAAUCUUCCCGGCUGGAUUGCAGGUCAAGGAGCCCGAGCCCCACCUUAGUUCUCAGCAGCGUCAGCAAUAUGUUUUGCUCACCAUCCGUGAGCUCAGAUGUGGCAAGUUGCGUUUGCGCACUGCUGUGCAAGGCAUGGGUGGAGUCUUUGCUGUCGGUAAGACCUCUGGUCGACAGCGAAAGGUCUGGGAUGGCUCUUGUGUGUCUUGCCGUGCUUCUCGGCCUCCGAAGCCCUGCAGACUGGCAAACCCAGCAUCUUUUCUGGAUUUGGAGAUUGAGCCCGGCAGCGACGUCUUCUUUUCCAAGCGUGAUGCUUCUACCUUUUUUGAUGCAUUGCAGGCCCCGGCUGAGUUGCAGGGCUGGUUUGCCCAGCCACCCGUCCACGUGGACGAGUUGCUGGCGGCUGGCCUCAGCAUGGAAGAUGUGCUUAGGUGUUGCGAUGAUAGGCCCCCUACGGUCACCGGCGAUACGAAGCUUUUUCCGGUGCACACUGUGUGGCCAAUGGGCUUUUCGUGGUCUUCUGCGGUGGCGCAGGAGACAACCUUAGCAUUGUGCCGCCGGGCUGGGAUUGAAGAGUGCAGCGUGCUGUCACUCGACCAUGCUUUGCCAGCCUGCUUCGAUGAGGCCUGCUUCGUUGCGACUGAUGACACUGUUCUGGUGCACAAGCGAAAGGACAAGGGGGCCUCCACUUUGAUACGGCUCGACCAGGCUUUUGAAGACUGUGGUGUUCCCAGAAACCGCAAGAAGGAUGUGACACUCGAGAGCCAGGUCACGGCGCUUGGCUGUGAUCUGACAUCUCGUCCUGCAAUGGCUCGUCCGAACAAGGCUAAGUUGGGACAAGCAAUUUGCUCCACACUGGACCUCCUUGACACUGGAGUGGCUACACCCGAGGGUUUCCAUUCGCUCUUGGGCGUGUGGGAAUGGUUCUCUCUGCUGCAGCGGCCCUUCUUCAGCAUUUACGAUGCAGUUUUUGGCUUCGUCCGGCGUGAGCCCAGCCGCCAGAAACAGGUGGUUCCUAGCAACGUCAUGGACGAGAUCUUGCUCACUCUGGUUCUUUCUCCUUUGUUCUGCACGUCCUUGGAUAGGGAGCCGCUGCAGUUCCUUACUGCUGCAGAUGCAGCUCCGCAGUACGGCUUUGGAGUUUCGGUUUGCUGUUGCAGUGCCACCGAAGCGGGUAACGUUUGCAGAUUGGCUGAAAGGCGAGGCGACUACGUUAGACUUACGCCUGGACCUGAGGAUCCUCCUGAAGUAGGCAGGCUGGGGCAACCACAUCGCCUUCGCUUUAGCCAGGCGGAUUUUGUGACUGUCAUGUCUUGCAAGGCUAAGGGGCAGGCACAUUCUGGUGUGCUGGAGGCACACGCGUAUCUGCUGUCUUUGAAGUGGAUCGCACGCAAAGCUGCAAACCAUCAUCACAAAGCUGCUCUGCUUCUGGACGCGAAAGUUGUUGUUGGAGCUGCUUCCAAAGGAAGGAGCUCUGCUCGUGCACUACGUACUGUGCUCACGGCUGCGGCCGCAACGACACUGGCAGCAGACCUGCUGCCCAGAAUCGUUUACAUUCCGAGCGAAAGCAACCCAGCUGACGGCCCAUCCCGAGGCAAGAGGCCCUUUGGAGCCAGACCUCUUCGCAAUGGCUUUGGCAAACGCUGCAGCCAAAAGCAACUGGAAGUUCGGGUUGGUUCGUUGGUUCGGCUUGCAAAGCUGUCAAAGACUUGA